UUGAGCGAUCAAAAGGAGCUGCUAGAAAGUGGCUAACAACAAGCUCACGGACAUCUUGUCAGCUCAGACAAACUGAUAGAGAAGUGUGCACACAUCAGGGUAUUCAGUCAACGACAGGGAUCAGGGCCUGUCCACAAGUUUGAUCGCCACAUCAUUUAUAAACGUUUACAUUUUUUCAGACAUUGAAUGUUUUGACGUCUUGACAUUAAUGUUAGUUUUUAGCUAGGUGGCUGGCUGGCUGGCUCUCAGGUUAGCUCACAUAUUGAGAAAGAGAGAGAUAUUGGGCGCUAGUUGUUAAAGAGACACUACACCCAGUGGGAAGAUGGCGCUUAAACGAAUCCAAAAGGAAUUGACUGAUUUGGCGCGGGAUCCUCCUGCACAGUGUUCAGCUGGUCCUGUGGGAGAUGAUGUGUUCCAUUGGCAGGCAACGAUCAUGGGGCCUAAUGAAAGUCCAUAUCAGGGUGGCGUUUUUUUCUUAACCAUACACUUCCCAACAGAUUACCCUUUUAAGCCACCAAAGGUUGCAUUUACUACAAGAAUCUACCAUCCCAACAUAAACAGUAAUGGCAGCAUCUGUUUGGAUAUCCUCAGGUCCCAGUGGUCACCUGCACUUACCAUUUCUAAAGUUCUCUUGUCCAUCUGCUCACUGUUAUGUGACCCCAAUCCAGACGACCCUCUUGUGCCAGAAAUCGCCCGAAUCUAUAAAACAGAUACAGAGAAGUAUAAUAGAAUGGCAAAGGAAUGGACAGAAAAAUAUGCCAUGCUGUAGGUGAAGCAAAACUCUGCAUUGUGAACAUUAGAGAUACAACAGAAUAGCACGGGAAUGGACUCAGAAAUAUGCAAUGUGAUGUUGGCUGGACUCAUUUACAAACUGUUUUGUUUGUUCUGUCAUGUUUUGGACACUGUUGCAAGACCACAUUUUUCCAUCUGUCUCUUAUGGAGGCACAACCCCAGGUUUCUGUUCAAACUGGAAUGCAGACCUGUUCAUGGCCUUCCCACACUUCAAAGUUUCAAGAUAGACUCCUAUCAGUUGAAUGGAAACUCUUUAACACUCAGCUCUGCAUCCGAUUGAUCGCUCUACCAAUCAACUCUUCUCACUCCACAACUCAUGCCAUGCCUGUAUGACCACAGUGUGUUUUCUCUGGGACCUUUGGAGAAAGUCUUUAGGCUGUUCUGCUUCUAUAGGGUCUCACUCCUUAAGUGCAUGCUAUCACAGGAGAAAAGACCAGAUGUUGUACAUCAAUUGGAUUGUGGGACCGAUUACUAUAUUCUGUUUGAUGGUAAAGAAUUGCAACAUUCAGAUCAGCUCUGUUCAACAUUUCACAGCUGUGGCACUGAAAUACAACUCACUCGAUUGGCUUAAAUGUCUGUUUAAUGUCCCGCUAUGUUUUACCCCCAAUAAAGAUGCAUAAGUCAUUA